CGAGUGGAGCCCACCGGCCUGCGCUUGCUUGUUCCCCUCCCCUCUCUCUCUCUCUCCUUCCGUUCCGACCACUGAUUCCAGCGUAGCCGAUCCCGCCGGCCGCCGCUCUCUCCGUCCGCAUGGCCGCUGCCGCUUCUCCUCCUGUCCCGUCCAAAGCCGACGCUCCGUCGCGGCCCGACCACUACCCCAGGCCGCCCAGCUUGGCAAUCUCAGGGGAAUCAAAAGCAUUAUGCAAGCGUGCAGAGAGUUGCAAGUUGAAGUCAGAAGCACUCUCGAUCAAUCCUGCUUUGCUUCCAACUCUUGAGGAUUUACUUAUUGAAAUAUAUGCAACAUUGCGCCCAAAGCCUGAUGACUAUGAGCAGCGGCAUUUGAUGAUCGGUGUCUUCAAUAAAAUAGCAGAAGAGAUCUUUGGUAAAAGGAAGGGGUUUCCAGUUGUGGAAGCAUUUGGAUCAUUUACCAUGGAUCUAUUUACUCCCAAAAGUGACCUUGAUCUCUCUAUUAACUUUAAUGCUGAUUUUGAUAGUCAAUUUGCUCGCAAGGACAAGAUUUCUGUUAUUCGGAAGCUUGCAAAAGUUCUACAUGCUCAUCAGAGGAAUGGUCGUUGUCAUGGGGUUUUACCUGUUGUAACUGCUAAAGUUCCUGUACUGAAGGUUAUUGAUAAGGGAACUGGGGUUGAGUGUGAUAUUUCAGUUGAGAACAAAGAUGGCAUGUCAAGAUCAGUGAUAUUUAAACUUAUUUCAUCCAUUGAUGAAAGACUUCAGAUAUUAUGUUAUCUGAUGAAAUUCUGGGCAAAGGCACAUGAUGUUAACUGCCCCAGAGACCGAACAAUGAGCUCAAUGACGAUUAUCUCUUUAGUUGCUUUCCAUUUACAGACAAGGCGCCCUCCAUUAUUACCUGCAUUUUCUGCCUUGUUGAAAGAUGGUUCAGACUUUACAAGUAUUCAGAAAAAUGUCUCGCUGUUUGAGGGGUUUGGGAGCAGAAAUAAAGAAUCAGUUGCUGAGCUUUUUGUGUCACUUAUGAGUAAACUACUGUCAGUGGAGGGUUUAUGGGAGCAAGGGCUCUGCGCUAGCAAUUUCGAAGGGUCAUGGAUCUUUAAGACCUGGGAAAGAGGAAUCGGUAACUUGAGUGUUGAGGACUUCUUGGACCGAUCUCAGAAUUUCGCCAGAGCAGUAGGCAAGAUGGAGAUGCAGAGAAUCUGUGAAUGCAUAAGGGUCGCUGUUUUGAAUUUGAACAAUUUCUUCAGGGGUAAAAUUGAUGCACCGAAGCUGAAGUCCCUUUUGUUUGAGCCUCUUCAUCAGGAUAAGCUUAGCCGUACCUACGGUCCGAAACGUGCUAUCAAGAGGAAGAUCAACUCAACGUAUGGCCCAGAAAAUAACACAAAGCAGCAAAAGAAAGCGAAGCAUGUUGGCCCAGAAAACAACCAGAAGCAACAACCGAAAGUGAAGCAUACUGUAAAUUCUGGGCCGUCUGUUAGUAGAUCUGCCACUGAUUUACACCGUCCUACCACACUUGUGCCUCAUAUACCUCAAGUACUGCCCAUCCAACCAAUUAGUCAGCUUGCACACGUACCUCAACUUUUGGUUGACCCUAGGUUGGCUUAUGGGUUGCCACCACAACAUCAUUUGCAUUCAGAUCCCCUUUAUAGUCAGGGGUUACUAGGUCAACAGCAGGGUCAUUUCAUCAACUUGAAUCCUGGAAUCCAACUGCAACAGCAAGCCCAACAUGUGUUUGUCCCUUUACUAGCACAACAACCUGCGAUGAAUACCUUUCACCCCUAUGAUUUCCAGUUGGCGCAGCAGAUUCAGCAUAACGAGCAUAUAAUGAGGCAAAUGAUGCCUUAUGGAACCUACCCAUAUUAUAGGAGAUGACAAGUGCAGUAUGGAAAUGUAGCCAACUAAUGUUUUUUUGCUUGGAAGUUCACACCGUCGCCAUGUACCUGGUGCAGAUCAAUUUGUUGGUUUCUUGUACAAUUUAGCUGUCUGUUAUGAUGUGUGUGUUAAGGAAGGAAUCAGUAGUCUGAUCUUACUUAUUAUGGACUUAACACCAAAGGAAAAUAGAGUGCCCAAUUUUACAUGGCUGACAAAAGUUCUGGAAACCAUAUGCUGCUGACUCUGCCGUCUAGUUUUGUCACUGCAGAUCAUGGGAUCACAUUUUCUUUGUGCAAGUGGGAAUAAGAAGAAGAAUUCAGGAUUGUCAUGGACGAAGAUUGAGAGGUGUGCUGCAAAGCUUUCCGAUGAAAAAUCUGAUGAGUCAUGCAAGAGGGAAUGGAUGCUGAUCAUGACUCCCUACAGUAACCAACAAACAUCCCAGCUAAGACAAGAAGGAAGUGCAUUUCAUCAGCUGUUCUGUCUUUAUUCCUCUGGCUGACGCCACGCCAUCACUGCAGAGCAACCUCAUGAACAAGAAGUGGCAACAUCUGCAAUUGUGGCGAUAGGUAUGGAUCUGGUGCGUUGUCGUUGCCUACCUGAAACUGGAACUGUGCCAGCUUUGUUGGUAUCAUAUGCUGAUGUGGCCUAGCUGAAACUGGGACUGUGCCAGUGCCAGUGCCAGGGUUUGUUGGUAUCAGCUAAAACUGGAGCUGCCGCCCAUGGUAAUAUGUCCACAUAACCUGAUGAAACUGCAUGCAUCUCACAUAGUCGGAACAAGAUGCUUUUCCAUCACUCGUGUUGCCUGAUGCUAUGGAAAUGGCCGGACAAGGAGCACUUUUGCACGAAAGAGACAUGCAAAAAUGCCUGCCUUUCCCGAAUACCUGAAGCAUGGUGUACCAGUAGGAUGGGAGAGUGAACGGUAUUCCAGUUCUGGUUUUGCCAUGGAACCAUCUGGAUGUCUUUUGCUUGCACAUCUCACAAGAGAAGUUAAGUUCACUUUAGUUUCUGCACCUGGAAAGCAAUCCUUGUCAAACAGGCAAAGCUGUACUAAAUAGAUAGAUAGAUAGAUACAGUGGUUCAAUGUUCCAAGAGGUGUUGUAAUUACUACAGAUAGCUAAAAUAAAUAUCUGCAGUUGCGUUGUUGUUUUCCCUUGC